AUGCUUGCCCAACAGAUGAGCAGCACUGAGAAGCGCCGCAUUCAGAACCGUGAAGCCCAACGUCGACACCGGAUUUCAUUGAAAGCCCGUCUCGCCGAGUUAGAAGCGGCUCAAGCGUUUUUGCAACGGCAAGGAUAUAGCUUACCAACGCAGAUAGCCGCCCACCCCGGUAUACCAGCCUCGCAGCCGUCCUUAUCGCCACAAAUCAAUGCCUCUCUCGCGCCGGAUUGGAUGGAUGGACAUGGCAGUUUGCUGCCAUGCGAGCUGACUGUCUCUCCGGGAACAGUGACACCUGCUGGGUCCGUCGAAUCUGUCGAUCCCUGCGAAAAUGCUUCCUGGAUGCGGACUCCUAUUCAAGAAAGCCGCUACGCUCCUGUCGCGGCAAAUUAUUCCCUAGGAUCUGCUUCGCCGGGGUGGUCGGGGGCAUCGGCGGACGUAUCAGAAGGGCCCGAAUCAACAUUACCCCCAAAUCGCGAGCUAUACGCAUCAUCACCAAUAUAUUUAGGUGUUCCUGCAUAUCAGCAGGAACUAAAAGUUCCCAAGCCUCCUUCUGCUCCUUUGAACGCGCAAGUGGCCAAUUUCGUGCGUCCAACAGUGUCCUUAUCUGACCAGAGCACUUCUCAAAAUAUCUCACGCCCUAAGCAAGGCCGUAGAGGCCCAUCGCCGUUACACAUUGCGGUGCUGAACUUAAGUAUAGCUAGUGUACAGGUGCUGUGUCAGCAUGGCGCAAACGUGCAUGCGCUUGACGAGCAUGGGCGAACGCCGCUGCACCUGUGCGCGGGCUUUCCAGUGCAGCACGGAGCUCUAGCCUCUGAGAUGGUGUCCCUGUUAGUUUCCUAUGGAGCAUCAGUCGAUGCACGGGAUGAGAAUGGCGAGACGAGUAUGCAACGAGCGGCACGGGUUGAUAACUACAUGACGAUUUCUACAUUGGCGGCGCUCGGCGCAGAUGUGAACUUCCAAUGA